AUGCCUGUCGAUCAGAGCCCGGCAAAGCUAAGCUCCCCCUCCAGAUCUCGCUCCUUGGCUCGCAAUUCCACCGCCCCGACCAUACCGAACCCACCCACGUCCUCAAUCCCCGGAACCUCCCCCACGAAACCCUCGCCCGCCACCGCCACGCCGCGAAGAAGCUCCCGAAUCUCAAGCGCUGCCAGGGCGGCUGACGAAUCCUCCGACUCUCGAAGCGAGACCUCCUUCUCCUCCACCACUCUCGCCUCGGCGCCCGCCACCCCCGCCACCGCCGCCUCCGCCUCGGCCUCCAACCCUUCUCCCACAAGCCGCAAGUCCCGCGUCUCUGCUGGUCCAUCGCCAGCAUCGUCGUCUUCCACCUUGGUGAACACGCAACCCACCCCCUCUAGGGUCGGCACCUCCGUCUCCACUUCCGACCAAUCCAACCCAGCACGCCAAGCAAAGGGCAAGGCAAAAGCAAAGUCAAAGGGCAAGGGCAAAGCAAAGGCAUCCCCCCUUCCAUCUACCUCCUCUGCCUCCAAGUCUCAGUCGGCAUCCUCGUCGUCCACCUCGGCAAAAGGCAAGCGCAAAGCGGACAGCUCCUCCCAAUCAGCUUCCAAAAAGCCUUCGCCCACCCAGUCCGCAGGCGGCUCCAGCAACAAGCGUCCCAAACUCGAUCCGCAGUCCAACGCAUCCACCAGCAAACAGGCCGACAGCGCUCCUCCCACCUCGUCUCGUACCCUUCGCUCUCGUGACAAGAUGACUGGCGUCGACUCCGACGGCACAGACACCCGGGCUACCACCCGAUCCAAGUCGAGCCAGGCCAAGUCCUCGUCCAAGUCCAAGCGCGCUCCCACCGGCGCAUCCGCCAGACCCUCGGCAGACUUCGACUGCUCCGACUCAGCCGCUCAGCAAGACGCAGACGUCCACAUGUCGGACCUCGCCGAUCAGUGCGACGAUCACCACGACGUUGAGAUGUCCGGUCACGACCACGACGACGACGACGAAGACCUUGACGCAUUUGGUCAUCACGACGAUGGCGACGACGACGACGACGACGAGGAUGACGACGAGCACGACGACGAGGACCACGACGACGGCGACGGUCUCGGCAUCGGCGGCGCAUCGUCGCGUUCCAAUGCUCUUGGAGGCUUCGAGGACGAGGACGACGAGGAUGACGGCGAAGAUGACGACGAUGGCCACGGCGCCGGCGUCUUCGGCCUCAACCUCAGAGCCAUGGCUGGCUACAUGUCGGGCCUCUCCAACCGAUUCCGCAGCCUCCUCGCUUCCCUUCGCAAGGAAUCCGAUCCGACCGCACAGAUGGUCGCGCUCCAGGACCUCUCGGAGCUGCUCAGCGUCAGCACAGAAGACACGCUCGCUGGCUACUUCCCCACCGACGCCUUCGUCAAGGAGCUCGUCUACAUCCUUGGCGGUCCCAAGCCCGAACGGCACGACCUCGGCUCCAAGUCCAAGAUCCAGGCCGUCGACGACGAAGACGACGGUCUCGACGACGACAUGAGGGCCGCCCUCGCCACCGCCGCUGCCGCCGACAUGGAGGACAGCGGCGAAAAGAUGCUCCUCGCCUGUCGUUGCCUCGCCAACCUCAUCGAGGCCAUGCCCUACGCCGCUCAUGGCGUCGUCUCGCACGGUGCCAUCCCCGUCCUCACGUCCAAGCUCAUGGAGAUCACCUUUAUCGAUCUCGCCGAACAGGUGCUUCAGACGCUCGAAAAGGUCUCGCAAGACUACCCGGGUGCCAUUGUCAGGGAAGGUGGCCUCUCCGCCAUCCUCCAGUACCUCGACUUUUUCAACAUCCACAUCCAGCGCACCGCCAUGACCGCCGCCGCCAACUGCUGCCGCAAGCUCACCCCCGACUCGCUCGCCUCGGUUCGAGACGUCAUGCCCAUCGUCCAGAACGUGCUCACCUACAGCGAUCAGCGCCUCGUAGAGUCGGCUUGCAAGUGCGUCGUGCGCGUCGUCGACAGCUACCGACUCCACCCCGAGCUGCUCGAGCAACUGCUCACCGGCGAGCUCCUGGCCGCGCUCAACAACCUGCUUCUGCCCGCCUCGUCGCCGUCCAGCUCCAACACCACGCUUGGCGCCAGCACCUACACCGACGUCCUCAAGGCGCUCGGCACCGCAUGCCGAAGCAGUCCGCAGCUCGCCGUCGCCCUGCUCGAGAACAACAUUGUCGAGACGCUCUACCACCUGCUGACUGGCUCGCCCGCUCCCGCCGAUUCUGCGUCGGUCGCCGACAAGGCCGAAGCCACAAAGCCUCACGGCAUCCAGCUCGAGUCCGAGCAAGCUUCAGGCCCCGGCAGUGCGGCUGAAACCGCGGCAGUCGCUGUCGUUCCGGACGACGACGCCGCAGGUGCCAACUCCACCGUGGCAGUCGCCGACAUGGCUGUCCUGCAGAACCUAGCGCAGCGACCCAAGGAGCAGAUCCAGGAGGCUCUCUCGUUGGUCGGAGAGCUGCUGCCGCCUCUGCCCAGGGACGGUGUCUUUGACCCUCGUGCCUACACCGAAAAGGCGUACCUCAAGCGGACUGCAAAGCAGGGCUCUUCCGCUGCGGAAACCGCCUCGGCUGCGUCUUCUCAGACGACCAAACAGGAGCAGGCGGUUGCCGAGUCGGUUGCCCCGCGUGCCACCGAUGCAGAGUCUAGUGCUGCUCCUGCGCCCGUUCGUCCCUCGUCUUCGCGCUCGAGCUCGUCGCGAAGCAAGGCGCCUCGCACCAAGUCGGACAAGGAAGUGGCGCGCGAUGCGGCACAGGCCAAGCGCGUCGAGAUGCUGCAUCGCCGCACCGCCCUCGUCAAGCGCUUCACCCACCUGGUCCUGCCCACUUUGGUCGAGGUCUACGCCGCCAGUGUCGCCCUCCACGUCCGCCACAAGGCCAUCAACGGCAUCCUCAAGAUCAUCAGCUUCGUCGACCCGGACUCGCUUGCCGAGGCGCUCGACAAUGUGCCCCUCGCCAGCUUCCUGGCCGCCAUCCUCUCGUCGCGCGAGCAUCCCACGCUCGCCGUCGGUGCACUUCAGAUCGUCGAGCUGCUCACCGAGAAGCUGCCGUCCCUCUACACGGCUCUGCUCCGUCGCGAGGGCGUCAUGUGGGAGAUUGACGACAUUGCGUCGCAGACUCCCUCGUCUCGACCGUCGGACAAGGCCACCUCGGCCGCUGCAAGUGCAUCCACGGACACCGCUUCCAGCACCGAUCCUCUGACCUUGCCGCGUUCCGGAGCUUCGCAGUCCGAAUCGGGCGUGGGCGGUGCCAACAUGGGCCUGUCCUCCGGCUCGAGCCUUGCGAGGCUCCUCGCCGCCGCGGCCGGGUCCGGCGCGAGCAGCGCCCAGAUGGAGGCGCUUGGCCUCCGCCCAGCCUCGUCGUCGUCCUCGCCUUCUGCCUUCAACGCCCAGAGCGCGGCCGAGGCGACGGAUGCAAGUAUCUGGCGCGCACGUGUGCUGCGCGACAAGUUUGCUGCAGAGGCCAACUCGUCGGGAGGCGCUCGCAGCGCGGCCCAGGCCCUCGACCACAUCAAGGACCUGGUCAAGCGACUGUACGCCGCCGCCGCCGACGGCAAGGAAUCAGACGCGAUCGAUGUGCUGCAGCAGGUGGGCUCGCUCUUUUCUCGGAACGACGAUCCCAUCUCGAGCUUCGAGCUGCUCCGCUCCGGCCUGGUCGAGGCGCUCUAUUCCUUUGCUACGCAGAGCGACGGAGGCAUCGCCCUCGACCGCAGGCGCUGGCUGCUCGUUCGUACCCUCAUGCAGACCGACGACAAGUCGAACCAGAACGGUGCCACCGUAUUGGUGCGCAGGCUGCAGGAGGCUUUGAGCCGCUUGGAGAACGUCGACAUCACGACAGCACUCAGUGCCGGCGGCGACGACGCGCGCAAGAGCCCAAGUGCCAUGCUCGGUCGUCAGCUUCGCCUGCGACUGCAGGCCGAGGACGCCACCGACAUUCCGCGCAGCUGCAACAACAUCAUCGUCACCAUUCAUGCCGUCGCCACCUUCCAGUCCCUCAGCGACUACCUGCGACCCAAGAUUGCAGUGUCGACCGCUGCCGCUGGCUCGGGUGCUGGAGCCGGCGGAUCGGCUCCGUCGCGUCUCUCGUCGGUCCUGGCAGCCUUUGCGGCAGCUACCGGCUCCGGUGGAUUCCCCGAGUUGGAUAGCAGCAAGGAGGCCAAGGCGUCGAGCUCUACCAACAAGGCCGCCGAUAAGGAGGCGAAAGCGGGUGAGGCCGCCGGCUCUGGAAGUGGCGCAGAAGGGUCUGCUGCAGCGGACAAGGCUGAGUCCAAGUCGAAAGAGGGUGCCGGCAGCAAUGACGGCAAAGAUGGCGAGGCCUCUGGCUCUGCCCAAGCUGGCAAAGACGGGGAAUCGGAAGCCCGUGCCGAGGCACGUGCCCUGGCCCGCCACCUGUUUGGCGAUGACGAGCCGCCCGCAGAGAGCGGCGAGGGCGCAAACAAAGCCGAAGGCCCGAGCGCUGCCGACGACGAGCUGCAGUCGGAUGAGGCGCUUGCGCGCUCGCUCAUGGAGGGUCUGCUCCACGGUGCCGACUUUGACGACGAUGAGGGUUUCUCCGAUGAAGAAGGCUUCGACGAGGAGAUUUUGCAGGGAGAGAUCCCGGUCGACGGCGACACGGGCGCAACUGCAACCGCCGGCGAUAGCGCAGACGCUGCCGACAAGACGAUCAACCUCGAUGUCGAGAAGGAGGGCGGCCGGAUCGUGGCCAAGACUCCGGAAGGCACGCGCAUCGCCACGCCCAGCAACGGCGCAGGCACGCCCAAGCCGACCGAAGCGUCCUCUUCCAGCGGCGCCGCUGCAGCCAGCUCGUCCUCGACAUCCAGCCCGUCGAAGCCGUCUUCGUACGCAUCCGCCUUGCAGAAGAAGCCGACCGACUGGCACCUCGAGUUCUCGCUUGGGUCCGAGAGCCUCUCGCUCGACACCACGGUCUACGGUGCCGUCCACCGAUACGAGACGGCCCAGACCCGUGAUGCGAGCCAGAGCUCGGUUGGAACGGGCAGCUCGCUGGCCAGCGCCGGAGGCAAGCAUAUCUGGAGCAACGUCUACACGGUCCGCUUCAAGAAGGUGUCCGGAGCCGAAGAGCGCGCCAAGGCCGAGUCGACUCCGGAGCCGACUUUGGCGGAGAGCGCAGCGAUCGAGCUGCCUUCCUCGAUCAAGGAGGAUGCACCGUAUGCAAAGCUGCUCCAGCUGCUCGCUGUGCUGCACUCGCUCAACAUGGAGUGGCGCGAAGCGGCGCGCGCAGGUGUUGCUGGCGGUGUGUCGGAUGCAGGCGACGAGGUCCCCGCGACUUCGGCGCGAGCGCUGGCCGAGUCGGCAUUCGUCAACAACAAGCUGACCGCCAAGCUCAACCGGCAACUCGAGGAGCCGCUCAUUGUUGCCUCGGCAUGCCUGCCGGCGUGGUCGACGGACCUGCCGCGACACUUUCCGUUCCUGUUCCCCUUCGAGGCGCGGUUCGCGUUCCUGCAGUCGACGUCGUUUGGAUAUGCGCGACUGCUGACGCGAUGGCAGGCGCUGCACAGCCGCAACCAAGACGCCGGCAGCAGCGCCUCGCGCCUCGACGACUCGUUUGGCUUCCUGGGCCGGCUGCAGCGCCAGAAGGUGCGCAUCUCGCGCGCCAACCUGCUGGCGUCGGCGUUCAAGGUGUUUGAGCUGUACGGCUCCAACUCGUCGGUGCUCGAGGUCGAGUACUUUGAAGAGGUGGGCACGGGACUCGGACCGACGCUCGAGUUCUACUCGCUCGUGUCCAAGGAGUUUGCACGCCGCGAUCUGGAGCUGUGGCGCGACAGCCGCGCCGGCGGCACGGCCGAGGACGGCAGCGCCUAUGUGUUCAGUCCGCAGGGCCUGUUCCCGGCGCCUCUGAUCACGGCUCAAGGCGACGAAGGCAAGACGACGACGACGGCGACAGCGGCGACGACGGGCAGUGCAAACGGCGAGGGCGGAUCCAGCUCGGUGUCGAAGCGGCUGCAGGCGUUCCGCAUCCUGGGCCAAUUUGUGGCCAAGGCGCUGCUGGACUCUCGCAUCAUCGACUGCAACUUUUCGGCGGUGUUCAUGCGUGCGGCGCUGAACCAGCACGUGGCGCCGACGCUGGCGACUCUGUCGGCGGUGGAUGCGACGCUGGCGCGCUCGCUGGCAUCGCUGCGCGAGAUGAAGCCGGACGAGGUGGAGGCGGUGGGCCUCGACUUUACGCUGCCCGGCUACGAGGCGAUCGAGCUGCAUCCGGGUGGACGCGACGAGUCGGUGACGGGCGCCAACGUGGAGCAGUACGUUUCGGAGGUGCUGGACAUGACGCUGCAGCGUGGCAUCCGACCGGCGGUGCGCGCGUUCCGUCAGGGCUUCAACCUCAUCUUUCCGAUCUCGGCCAUGUCGAGCUUCACGGCGGACGAGCUGGUGAUGCUGUUUGGCAACACCGACGAGGACUGGAGCGAGUCGACGCUGGUGGCGAGCAUCAAGCCGGACCACGGCCUCAAUGCGGAUUCGGCGAGCUUCCGCGACAUUGUGGCGAUCAUGGCGUCGUUUGGAGCGGACGAGCGGCGCGAGUUCCUGCAGUGGCUCACGGGCUCGCCCAAGCUGCCCAUCGGUGGGUUUGCAGGUCUGCAUCCGCAGCUGACGAUCGUCAAGCGUCCGCACGAGGCGCCGCUCACGCCGGACGAUUAUCUGCCGAGCGUGAUGACGUGCGUCAACUAUCUCAAGAUGCCCAGCUACUCGUCGCGCGACAAGAUGCGCCAGCGCCUCCAUACCGCCAUGAAGGAGGGUUCCACCAGUUUCCACCUGUCGUAG